AUGUUCAGAUCCGACCCCUCGUCUUCAUUGCAAAGGGCCAUAGACCGACUGCAACGCCGCGAGGAUAUCACAAAACGGUCGAUUGGCGUCAAGCGUACCAUUAUGUUUUAUCAUUGGGCUCUCCGGCUUGCACCUGAUGGACAUUUUUGCAACCUUGUCUGGCAGCUGAAUAACCUCGGGUAUCACUUACACUAUCUUCACCUUCAAUCUCACAUCAAACAGCAAUUGGAAUGUUCCUUCUCGGCUUUUCAUAUGGCAGUGAAGUCCUGCCCGUCCGAUGACCCUGACCUCCUGCUGUCGCUAAGCAACCUUGCGGCCUCGUUUCACUCUCGAUAUAAAUGCUCUGGAGACACCAGCGAUCUCGAGAGCGCACUCGACGCAGACAGACGCGCGGCUGAGCUCACGCCGGCGGACGAUCCUGAUCUGUCGUGGCGGCUGAGCAACCUCUCGAUCUCCUUCCGCUUUCGAUUCAGGCGGUUCGGACACAGCAGCGAUCUCGAGGGCGCACUCGAUGCAGACAAGCGCGCAGCUGAGCUCACGCCGAUGGGCGAUCCUAAGCUUCCGCAGCGUCUUGGUAGCCUCGCAAACUCCUUACUCUCUCGAUUCAAGCUGUUUAGUUGCACUAGUGAUCUCGAGAGCGCACUCGACGCAGACAGACGCGCGGUUGAGCUCACGCCGACGAACGAUCCCGAGCUUCCGCAGCGUCUUGGAGGCCUCGCAGACUCAUUCCGCUCUCGAUUUGAGCGGUUCAAACACACCAGCGAUCUCGAGAGCGCACUCGACGCAGACAGACGCGCGGUUGAACUAACGCCAACGGACGAUCCUGAGCUAUCACUGCGGCUGAGCAACCUCGCGUUGUCUUUCCACUCUCGCUUUAAACGCUUUGGAGAUUCCAGGGAUCUCGAGAGUGCACUAAAUGUCAAACGGCGCGCGAUUGAACUCACGCCGAUGGGCGAUCCUGAGCUCCAGCGGCGGCUCGGCGACCUCGCGGUUUUUUACCGCUUCCGAUUCGAACGCUUCGGAGAGAACAGGGAUCUCGAGAGCGCACUCGAUGCAGACCGCCGCGCGGUCGAGCUCACGCCGAGGGAGGAUUCCAAUCUUCCGUGGCGGCUGAGUAACCUUGCGUUAUCUUUCAUCUCCCGCUUCAAACGCUUUGGGAACUCCAGGGAUCUCGAGGGCGCACUCGAUUCAGCCCGGCGCGCGGUUGAACUGGCGCCAACAGACAACUUUGAUCUCUCGUUUUGUCUGAGCAGCCUUGCCCUCGCAUUAAGCUCCCGUUUCGAACGGUUCGGGAAUGACGGUGAUUUGGAGAGAGCACUCGAUGCAGACCGACGCGCGGUUGAGCUCACGUUGACGGACAAUCCCGAUCUCCCGCGGAGGCUGGACAACCUCGGGGCAACCUUCCACUCUCGGUUCAAACGCUUUGAAGACUCUAACGAUCUCGAGAGCGCACUGGAGUCAAACCGACGUGCGGUUGAGCUCACGCCGACGGACGAUCCUGAGCUUCCGCAGCGGUUGAGCACCCUUGCGGUUUUUUUGCGCUCUCGCUUUGAACGCUUUGGAGACUUCGGCGAUCUCGACAGCGCACUUGAUGCAGACCGACGCGCGGUUGAACUUACGCCGACGGACGAUCCUGCACUGGCUGGGCGGCUUAGCAACCUUGCAGGCUCGUUGUACUCCCGCUUUGAACGAUUUGGAGACUCCAACGAUCUCGGGAAUGGACUCGAUGCAGACCGACACGCCGUUGAGCUUACGCCGACGGACAAUCCUGUUCUCCCAUCGCGGCUGAACGACCUCGCGAUCUCCUUCCACUCUCGCUUCAAAUGCUCCAGAGAUUCCAGCGAUCUCGACAGCGCACUUGACGCAAGCCGACGCGCACUUGAGCUCACGUCGACGGAUGAUCCGGAGCUUCCGCCGCGGCUGAGCGACCUUGCGAUCUUUCUCCGCUCCCGAUUUGAACGCUUUGAGGACAUCAACGAUCUCGAGAGCGCAAUCGAUGCAGACCAGCGCGCUAUUAAGCUGACUGCGACGGAUGAUCCAUAUCUUCCGCUGCAGCUGAGCAACCUCGCGGUUUCGUUUCACACUCGAUUCGGAUACUCUCGAGACCUCAGCGACCUCCAGAAUGCAGUCGAUGCCCACCAAAGUGCCGUGAAGACAACUCCCGAUGGCCAUCCCGAGAAGAUAGUACGGAUCCGUCUCCUUGCUGAUUGUUGUGCUGCUCGCUUCAUGCAACAUCGCACGCAACAGAACUUUGCCGAAGCCGUUACAUUAUAUCAAACUGCGAUGGGUCAGCCUGUGGCACAUCCUCAGGAGCAUUUCAAAUGUGCUGAAGCGCACACGCGAUUUCUGACCGAGAACCCUCAAUUCUGUACUCUUGCCUCGUUACUUUCCUCGCAUUCGCGCAUCGUGGACGCACUCCCCAGACUUGUCUGGCUCGGUCACAGCGUCCAACGCCGACUCGAGGACUCUGCCCGUGUGGGCGUGCUUGUCAAUUCAGCUGUGUCGGUUGCUAUCGAGAGCAAGGAACUUGGCCAGGCUGUGGGGUGGCUGGAAGCUGGUAGGAACCUCAUCUGGUCACAAAUCACAUCCAUACAAAGCUCCAUGGACGAUCUUGAGGAAUGUCAUCCUGAUGCUGCAGAAAAAUUGCGCGAAGCUCGUCACAGACUGCAGCAACUUGGUGCUGCCGCUCAAAUCAACAUACACGUGCCGUCCGCCGGCGUCGGUCGUGGCCCCGCACGCAGUGACUUGACAGUUCCUAGUCACUAUGUACUCCCCAUCGAAACAGCUUCCGAUCAAUACCAGAGAGCGGCUCUCAGCUAUGAUGCGCUCGUGAAGAAGAUUCGCUGUUUGGAGGGGUUCCAGGACUUCAUGCGACCCAGAAAGCUGGCAGAUCUCGUUGCGUCAUCUGCGUUCCGCCGUUUGAGUGCAACCGCCGUUGUUUUCAUAAAUGUUGCUGAAACAUCUUGCGACGCUCUCGUCCUCUUCAAAGAUGGCUCUGUAGAACUUGUGAAGCUGCCAGAUCUCUCACAGCAAAACUCAGAGAAGCUACUGUCUUUAUGGAUAGAGCAUGUUGGCAUCCGCAGAGGUCACAGACGCGGAGAGACAUCUCGGGCGAGCGCGCCGCACAUCGUUGCGUACAAGAACGUCUGCGGUCGCUUAUUGAGCCGUCUGUGGUCAUUGGUUGUACAUCCAAUCCUAUCUGCGUUAAAACUCAUCACAGAACCGACAGGAGAACCAUCAUCACACAUCGUCUGGUGUCCUACGGGUCCCCUCACUCAGCUACCGUUGCACGCGGCAGGAAAUUAUGACCAGAAGGGGCCACGUCUCCGAGCCUUCGACUUCGUCAUGUCGUCGUACACUCCAUCCCUCUCGGCGCUACUCAGGUGCGUGGGAAAGGACAUACCCGCGACUUCUCCGAGCAUGUUGCUCGUCGCGCAAUCCUUUUGCCCUCGUCUUGAGUCGGCUCCUCUGCCGUUUGUACGCGACGAGACAGAUCGUCUUCGCGCGAUCAUGCCUGGAGAAGGACACGAGUUCCUCGAGGACGAGCAGGCAUCAGUCGAGUCCACGCUCGCCGCGAUCAACCGGCACAGCUGGGUGCAUUUCGCGUGCCACGGCUCCCAGAACUCGGAAGACCCGACUCUGACCGCGAUCGAGCUGCACGACAAGCCUCUCACUCUGGGGACGCUGAUGCACCACGUCUCCGAGAAUGCGGAGCUGGCGUUUCUUUCGGCGUGCGAGACGGCCGUUGGCGAUAGAAAGAUACCGGAGGAGUCGGCGCAUCUCGCAGCGGGGAUGUUGGCGGUCGGGUUCAAGGGGGUAGUGGCGACGAUGUGGUCAAUCAAAGAUGAGGACGCUCCGAUCAUCGUCGAGGCGUUCUACAAGAAGUUGCUUGAGCUGCGUACGUCUGGGGAUGUACCAUUAGGACAUACCGGCGCGGCAUAUGCUCUGCAUCAUGCGACGAUGGUGCUGAAGGAUACGGUCGGCGAGGACAACUUUGAGCGAUGGGUUCCUUUUGUGCAUUUCGGCGUUUAG